CCCCCUCCCUCCCUGUCUCCCGCCCAGCUCCCAGAGCCCGCCAUGAGUCCGCAGGCAGUUUUGGAAUGCUUUUGCCUGCUUUGCUUUUCCUUCACGAGAACAGCAAAAGGGGAUUUGCAGCCACUUUCUUUCCAGCCCAGGACACUGUAUCAGUACCACUACACCCUGGAUGUCCAGCUGGACCACAUGGCCCCGCCAUCCCCUGGGGGAGUCUGGCUGCGGGCUCAGGCGUCGGUCCACGUGCACCGGCUCUGGAGGGACCAAAGCGGGGAAGAGCUGCUCCAGGUGCAGAUCCGUGACCUGAGAGCCCAGCACAAGCCAGACGAGGAGAGGAGCCAGGAUGGCCCUGGAGGUCCCCCUGCAGAGAUUGAACUGAGCCAGGAGGCAAAGGCAGAGCUCCAGAAGCCGGUGUUCAUCUCCUGGAACAGUGGGAAGGUCAAAGCUUUCUACGGGAAUGAAGCAGAAAGCAGCCUGAUCUCCAACUUGAAGCGAGGCAUCCUCAGUCUGCUCCAGCUGCAGCCCCACGCCGGCACCACGGUGGAGGAGGAUGCCUCUGGGAGCUGCCAAGUCACCUAUGCCGUGUCCAACCACUCCAUCACCAAGACCAAAGAUCUCCUCAGCUGCACAAAACCAAACUCUGGAUUCACCUCUGUAAACAAAGUUUUUGGAGUUGAGUGGCAGCCCAGCAGCAGAAGCCAGUAUGUGGUGAAAGACAACCUCCUCCAGUCGGCCCUGGCCGAGGAAAGCCAUGUGCUGGCUCCAGCCCUGAGGUCCAGCUCCAGCAUCAAGAUCAGUUCGAGGCAGCAGCUCCAGCUACUGUCUCCUCCAAUGCCUGGUCCAGCAGAGGUGUCUGGACAAAGCCUUGAGGAUGUGCUGGCUGGCACAGAGGGACGGCACCAGCCCCUGGGCAUGGCCAGCCUGCCCUUCAGGAGGGUCUGCACCAACUGCCCGUCGCUGAGAGCCCACCUGAAGGCUUUUGACAGAUGGGGAAUCAAAACAGACCCCUCGAAGGUGGCGACUGCCUGGCAGUUCCAGAGGUUCAUCCGGAUGCUGCGCAGUGCCAAGAAGAGAGAUGUUCUGGAGCUGCUGAGGAGAGCUCCUGAGGAGACACGCCCCUUCGUCGUGGAGGCAGCAGUGGCUGCACAGUCAACGGCUUCCUUGGCAGCUCUCUCAGAAUUCCUGGAUUUCAGCAAGGAGGAGCCCAAGUCCCUCCUGGAGAAGUUUCUCUAUGCAGCAGCUUUCUCUCCCCGGCCUUCAGGAGAGCUUCUCCACCUGGUCUUAGACAAGCUGGAUGGGAAGCAACUGGCCCCUGAGAUCUGGGAGACAGGGAUAGUUGCCGUGGGCUCUCUGGUGGGCAAGCUGUGCCAGCAGAAGCUGUGUGGGCUGCAGGAGGUGGAGCGUGGGGUGGAAACCAUCCUCAGGGGGCUGAGAAGCGCCGAGGAGGACCCUGAGGUGGUCAUUUACCUGCUGGCCCUGGGGAAUGCGAUGCUCCCUGGAACCAUCCCCACCCUCCUGGAGCACGCUGAGGAGGGUCCUGCUGCUGUCACCACCACGGCCAUCUCUGCCCUGCGGCGAUUCCCCGCUCAGAACAUCUCCAACGAGGUGAAACGAGCAAUGAGGAGGAUCUUCCAUGAGAAGAGGAAGAGCUACGAAAAAACCUGUCGCCUGGCUGCUGCAGAAAUACUCCUGGAUAACCACCCCUCACCCAUGGAUGUCAUCAACAUCCUGCUGGCCACCCAGGAGAUGGAGACAGAGAUGGCAAAACUGCUGCUGCUGAAGGUCCAGAACAGCCUGCGUGCCCACCACCACCCAGCAAGGAAGAUAAUGAAAGACAUCAUGGGAGUCCCGCAGAUAAAUAACUACAACUUCUUCUCGAAAGCUGGCACCUCCUCUUCUUUCUCAGGACCUCUGACAGUCACCCAGGACCUGCUUUCCACCUUCGGGCUGGACCUGCUGUUUUUGGAGGGAGGAUUCCUGAGGAAGAGCAUCUCUGAGUUCUCGCUGCUCAGCCGCGGCCGGCGGCUCCGCGCGGCUCAGGUCACCAUUGAAGCACAAGGGAUGGAGUCGAUGAUGGGAGAGAACAUCUCGGAUGGGGAAGAGGAGCCGGAGCUCAUGGCCGGGAUGUCUGUCACCUUCUUCGAUGUUCAGCUGCGGCCGAUCGUCUUCUUCCAGGGGUACACAGACCUAAUGGCCAAGGUCCUCUUGAGCAGUGGAGAGCCCACAAGUGUGGUCAAAGGGAACCUCCUGCUGAUGGAUCAUCACCAGGUCAUUCCUCUGCAGUCUGGUCUACAAGUGACCAUCAAACUCCAGGGUGGGCUGGGACUUGACAUUUCAGCCGACAUGGACGUGGGCAUUUGGGAGCAGGAACUGAAAACCAGCAUCAACACGAGGGGAAGCCUCUCCAUGGAUUUCCAGGCAGAACUAGACUCCCCUUUCCUCCAAGCCACCCUGAGGAGCCAGACAGAGGUGGAGACCUCAAUCCAUUUUGACACCACGCUGAGGUUUUCCAGCAGCCCCGUGCUCAUGUGCCUGCAGCUGAGAGAGGAGCAGGUCCCAUACAGAGAAAUCUUCACGGUUUCCAAGUCUGCUGGGAGCCAGAGCAGCACCACUCGAAAAGGCAGGCGUGGCACCAUGCCCGGGAGGGAAUUCGCCUUGCACCAAACCAACUCCAAGGUCUGCAACCUCCUGCUGACACUGGAAAAGGAAUAGGCUUGAAGGCAGCAGCUGUUGCAGCAGUACAGAAGGACAUCAGAG